GGAAAAUACAGCAUUUGUGAACAAGAUUGUUUUCUGCCAACAGCUCUACCUCAAAGGAUAUGCUCCUGUGACACCGCUGGUGCAGCAGUCUCUGUUGGAUCUCUUCCAUUCCUUUGAGGCUAUGAACACAGCAGCUCCAGGAAUGUCCAGACAAGCCUUUACAGCAAUGUUGGACCAGAGAACAAAGCAAUAUGGAAGAACUGGCAAAGUGAAUGCAGAUGCAUUUCAGAGAAGUUUUCUGCAAUUUGUGUACUGCAACUAUGAAGAGAACCAACUUCUUGGAAAGGAGCCAUUGGUCUGUCCAGCCUGUAGCCCUGAAAUGGUGGCUGUUUCUGUGGAUGGCAACAGAAAGUUGUACAGGUUCCAGAAAACAAACCAGAGUGAAGAGCCAGGGUUCUUCGAUGGAGUGUUUUUAGCCCGAGACUCUGAGGUGUCCAGUUUUGUUGAGGAGGUCCGGGGAACUGUCAAGAGUACCGCAGGAAAAGCGAUGUGUGGUGACACCCAAUGGAAUGCAGCAAGAGAGACUUCAAAGCGGGCCAACAAUUUGGAUGAAGAAGGUGUGGAAUUUGCUGUGUGUAGACAUGGAUUUCUUCUCAAAGGUCUGAAUAUGUAUAGAGGAGAAAUCUUUGCAUAUCCAAUGUUUCUCCAAAAAGAGUUCCAGAGUGCUACAUUUUUGGCCAUGGAUGUGACCUGCCGAUAUGUGCCAUACUUGACAAAAGUGUCAGAGGCCCUGACGCAUCUUCAACCCCUUCAGGAAAUGAGGCAUUGCUUGUCUGUGAUGCAUGCCAAAGCCCACAAUACAAAAUGCGAGAUUCUGUGGACUGCAAGGAACCAGGAGGGCGCCGGCACCACUCUCGGUGAAGAAGUAGAGCAAGUGAAUAGUUUUCUCUCCAGAUGUGCCCUUACCACCAAGUAUAUGGCCAAGUCAGUAAGAACUGACAUGCUGACUGUCCAUGCUAUGGGGUGGAAUGAACGGAAAGAGAAUGGCCUCCAUAUAGCCUUGUCUUCUAGAUUCAAGAAGGUGUGUUCACAUACUGAAGAUGAUUAACUUUUUAAAGCAGUU